CCAUGGCUUCGUCAUCGUCUCUUACUCCUCCGCCGGUCCCGAUCGAGCUCCACCUCCGCAACCGCGAAAAGCUCCUCAGCUCUAUUCGCCACCACCUCUCUCACUCCUCUCGACCCCUCCACGGCUUCGUCUUACUCCAAGGAGGUGACGAACAAAACCGCUACGAUACUGAUCACGUCGAUGUCUUCAGGCAGGAGAGUUACUUUGCUUACUUGUUUGGAGUAAAAGAGCCUGGAUUCUAUGGUGCUAUAGACAUUGCAACGGGGAAAUCUAUUCUGUUUUCUCCUAGAUUACCUGCUGAGUAUGCUGUUUGGUUGGGGGAGAUCAAGCCGUUAUCCUACUUUAAGGAGAGAUAUAUGGUUAGUGUGGCAUGCUAUACCGAUGAGAUAACAAAAGUUUUACAAGGCGAGUGGAAGGCAUCUGGUAAACCUUUAUUGUUUCUCUUACAUGGGCUCAACACUGAUAGUGAUAACUUCUCGAAACCAGCAGAGUUUCAGGGCCUUGAUAAAUUCGACACAGACUUGACUACCUUGCAUCCGAUUCUGACUGAAUGCCGUGUUAUAAAAUCAGAUCUGGAGCUUGCCCUUAUCCAGUUUGCUAAUGAUAUAAGCUCUGAAGCUCAUGUCGAGGUCAUGAGAAAAGUUAAGCCAGGCAUGUAUGAGUAUCAGCUAGAAAGCAUAUUUCUUCACCACACCUAUAUGUAUGGUGGCUGUAGACAUUGUUCUUAUACUUGCAUUUGUGCUACUGGCGGAAAUAGUGCUGUUCUUCAUUAUGGGCAUGCAGCAGCUCCAAAUGACAGGACCCUGGAAGAUGGAGAUUUGGCAUUGCUUGAUAUGGGAGCUGAAUAUAACUUUUAUGGGUCUGACAUAACGUGUUCCUACCCUGUGAAUGGAAAGUUUACCUCUGACCAAUCUCUUAUAUAUAAUGCUGUUCUUGAUGCCCACAAUGCUGUCAUAGCAACACUGAAACCUGGAAUAAGCUGGGUCGAUAUGCAUAAACUAGCAGAAAAGGUAAUUCUUGAGUCAUUAAAGAGAGAGGGCAUCUUAAAGGGUAAUGUAGACGAUAUGAUGGUUGAACGAAUCGGUGCUGUUUUCAUGCCUCACGGCCUUGGACACUUGCUUGGUAUCGACACUCAUGAUCCUGGUGGCUACUUGAAGGGUCCGGAGAGGAUUAAAGAACCUGGACUGAAGUCUCUGCGUACUACAAGAGAAAUGGAAGAAGGGAUGGUGAUAACGGUGGAGCCUGGGUGCUACUUCAUUGAUGCUUUGUUGGUUGCUGCUAUGGGAAGUUCAAAUACUACAAAGUUCUUCAAUCAUGAAGCCGUUGGUAGAUAUAAAGGAUUUGGUGGAGUUCGAAUUGAAAGCGACGUGCUCAUCACAGCCAACGGUUGUAAGAACAUGACGAAGGUUCCUCGGGAAAUAGGCGAGAUUGAAGCAGUAAUGGCAGGGGCACCUUGGCCUCUUGGCACUGCCUCCUAAGGUGUUGGGGAAAUAGAAGAGAAACUGUACUGUAAUAAUUGUUCCUUUUUUUAUUCAGCAAAACGAAGUCACAAUCAGAUUCACCUAUAUAUGAUUCUUCUCUUCAUCAAAGCAAUAAGAAAUGUGAGAUAGUUUGGCA